CUUACGUCACGUCCUCCCCGGAUUCCACAGAAAUCGACGAAGAGAAGACUGAGCCGAGGUGGAAGGGGCGUUACAGAGUGGAAAAUAGUUAUAACACGCUUCGGAUAAAAUUACAGUUUACGUAUAGUGCAUUUUAACAAAGAGUACAACAAACCACGCGACCGCAAUGUCGGCCCAUGCUCAAAUGAGAGCUCUGCUCGACCAGUUAAUGGGAACUGCGAGGGAUGGUUCAGUGUAUCUUUGCCAGCCUACAUCAAUCUGCAAGGGAGUUGCAGAAAAGCCUCAUGUUCAUCGAGCCGUGAGUCACAAAUAUAAUUUUUAACGCUGUUAUGAAUAUCGAAACAAUUUGUUUGCUUUUCAGAAGUAAUUAUAAUUUUGAUCAUAUCAAAAGCUCAUCAACUUAAGAGCAAAAAAAAAAGAGAGGAGAAAAGCAGAUACCUUGAAAUGCAAACAGCAGAAGUAUUUGCAUCAUAACUGAGGAGUAUUUGGUUGCCUGCAAGCCAUGGAGCAGUUCAUACAGUAGUGAGUUUCUAGUAACACGUUUAUCAUAGAGACAGAGUAGCUUUAAAAUAUGCCGCAAAGCAUUUACUCUGACUUGUGUAUCAUUCCCAACUUCCUUACUACAGGUGUGGGCAAGAAAGCUUUUCCCUUUUAUACUUUUCAACAGCGGGUUUAAAAUUCUGCAGCUGAGGUCUUGAAGAUGCAGAUGGGUACAGUAUAUGUGGAAGCUCGCAGUGUGUAUUAACUAACCGCUUUUUUUAUUUUGAUUUUUUUCUCCCUACAAAUCCCUCCUCAUUCAGACUUUGUGUUAAGGUUUGGUCAACAGAAACACAUGCAGUCACGUUGUCCUUGUUGUAAAGGUCUGCACAGCCAUGAGGAUUUAACAGCUGCUACAGUAACCCAGCAGGGUUAAAUUUGAAUGAGGAGGUCAUGAGACAAAGGUAGUUCUCUACCACCUGCCUGUGUCAGUCAUCGGCAGGUCCUCCUUUCCAUCAGGCAGACGGGUGUAUCAUUCUGGGUUUGGUCGGACCUGAAAUAGAUUUCUUUGCCCGUUUCCUGUAAUGAAGGCCAUCUGCAGAGGUCCUCUCAUGACAAUCCAUUUGCAGCACUUCAUGUGAAUUGUCGCUUUGAGGUAGUUCAACUGAUCUUCUCAGACUUGCUGGUCUCAGCAUUACAAAUUGACCCAAUCCCACCCUCAUGUGUGUGUGUUUGGGGAGUCUGAAGGUUUUAUUUCAGAAACCUGCUUCAGCACAUUUCCCAAGUGAUGGAUACACAGUUAAAGCCCUGACUAGUGAAAUAUACGCAGCCUUAGUAUUUUUUUUACUUCUAAUCAUGUUCCUCUUGGUAAAUUAAGAGGUAAGCAGAAUUUGCAGCUCUGGUACCAGUAAAACGGCUUCCAUUUGACAGGACGAGAUGGUCGCACUGAUUUCACCUGCCGGUGCAAUGCAUUUCAGUUAAAUCGCCUUUUGGAAUUAUGAAAAUAAAAUUCAGGCAUAGCUCGCUCAUCCAAAAUUAAUCCUUUGAUACUCAAAUGAAAGAUGCCCUUUCAGAAUGAACGAAAAGCACACAAUACUGCUCUGGGGGGUCAUUAGGGUUGCACCCUACUACCAAGUCCAAGCCUUUUCUUUGCUCGGCUUGUUUUCCAAAAGCGUGUGGUCUCACUCUCUGCUCUGUUCUGCUGCGACCUUUUUCAGGUGACGAAACUCGACAGAGGGUGAAGUUCACCGACGAGCGAGUCUGCAAAAGUCACCUCUUGAACUGCUGCCCCCAUGACAUCCUCUCUGGAACUCGCAUGGACCUUGGAGAGUGUUCAAAGAUUCAUGACCUGGCGCUCCGGGCAGAUUACGAAAUCGCUUCCAAGGAAAGAGACCUCUUCUUCGAGCUCGAUGCCGUUGAUCAUCUGGAGUCCUUCAUCGCUGACUGUGACAGAAGAACGGAGCUGGCCAAGAAGCGCCUUGCAGAGACCCAGGAGGAGAUCAGCGCCGAGGUCGCUGCCAAGGCCGAGAAGGUGCAUGAGCUGAACGAGGAGAUCGGCAAGCUGCUGGCUAAGGCAGAGCAGCUCGGUGCUGAAGGCAACGUGGACGAGGCCCAGAAGGUCCUGCAGGAGGUGGAGAAGGUCCGAAGCAAGAAGAGGGAUGCUGAGGAGGAGUACAGGAACUCAAUGCCGGCCUCCAGUUUCCAGCAGCAGAAGCUCCGUGUGUGCGAGGUAUGCUCUGCCUACCUGGGCCUGCAUGACAAUGACCGGCGCCUUGCUGACCAUUUUGGCGGGAAGCUGCACCUCGGCUUCAUCCAGAUUCGCGAGAAGCUGGAGCAGUUAAAGAAAACAGUUGCAGACAAGCAGGAGAGGCGGAACCAGGAGCGUCUGAAGAGGAGGGAGGAGAGGGAGCGUGAGGAGAGGAUGAGAAAAAGAGGGGAUUCUGCGUUGGCUGAUACCCCAGGAGAGCUGCAUAGGGGGACUGCCUCAGGGACUCGGUCACGGAGCAAGGAGCAUCGGAGGUCCCGCUCCCGAGAUCGCAGGCGGCGGCGGUCCCGCUCGUCGUCGCGGGAGAAGCGGCGGUCCCGCUCACGCUCCCGAGACCGCGAGAGGCGCCGCCGGCACCGCAGCCGCUCCCCCAGCAAGGGCCACCAACGCAGCCGGGACCGGGAACGCGACCGCGCAGCCAGGCAUAAGUCGUCCCGGGACCGGUCCCGCGAGAGGGACAGGAAAAAGGCGUCGUCAGAGCGGAGGCAGGAUGGCGUCAACGGCAAGGUGGACUCAAGAAGGAUGGAGGACAGGGAGGCCGGGGAGAUCUGAGUGUGCCCCCCCCCCCCGCUGUGCUCUGCACUCCCAGCUCACUCUUACACAUUAGCUAUACCAGCCCCGCCUGUCCUCUGUACCCACACCUCGCCACACCUCUCUCUCCUGGAUCAUGGCUUCUGUAGGGCAUAGAUUUUAUUUCCGGAAAGAUCAGUUUUGCUUUAAGGGUACUUAUGCC